GCUGUGACGGCCCUGGUUCUGAAUCCUGUAGCGUCUCAUCGGGGGAGGGCGUCCCAGCAGCCGCUCCCUGCAGCAGCGCUGCCACGCACUGCCUGUGUCCCUGUGGACCGCACCGCCGCCCGCUUCAGGACCCCGGGAGGCUCCGCUGCUUCUCCGCCGCCGCCGCCGCCCCCUCCGCCGCCUCCUCGGAGCAGAAUGCGCUGAUCUCCGCUCGCUCUGCGGAAGGAUGAUUUCUGUCGUCUCCACUGUAGAGAGCGUUCCCAGAGGCACGGGCAGCCCGGCCCCGAGUCUUUACCAGCGGAUCAGGAAGGUCUUAACCAGGGAUCUGUUGGUGACCCUGGCCCUGGGUCAGGUCCUGUCCUUGUUAAUCUGUGCUAUCGGUCUGACCAGCAAGUACCUGGCUGACGACUUCCACGCUAACACGCCGGUGUUCCAGAGCUUUCUCAACUACAUCCUGCUGUUUCUGGUCUACACCACCACACUGGCAGUCAGGCAAGGGGAAGGCAACUUGCUGGCCAUUCUGAAGCAGCGCUGGUGGAAAUACAUGAUUCUGGGUUUGAUAGACAUCGAGGCCAACUAUCUGGUCCUUAAAGCUUACCAGUACACUACGCUCUCCAGCGUACAGCUGUUAGACUGCUUCGUCAUCCCGGUGGUCCUGCUGCUGUCCUGGUUCUUUCUCUUGGUGAGGUACAAGGCAGUCCACUUUGUCGGGGCAGGACUGUGUCUGCUGGGUAUCGGCUGCAUGGUGGGAGCUGACAUCCUGCUUGGUCGGCAGCAAGGCCUCGGAGAGCAGAAGCUGUUUGGGGAUCUUCUGGUUCUGGGAGGAGCAACACUGUGUGGGAUCUCCAACGUCUGCGAGGAGUUCAUCGUGAAGAACCUGAGCCGUGUGGAGUUCCUCGGCAUGAUGGGACUCUUCGGAUCCUUCUUCAGCGGCAUCCAGCUGGCCAUCAUGGAGCACAAGGAGCUGCUGAAGGUGCCCUGGGACUGGCAGAUAGGUCUUUUCUACGUGGGUUUUAGUGCCUUCAUGUUCAGCCUGUACAGCUUCAUGCCGGUGGUGAUGAAGAGAACGAGCGCCACCUCGGUCAAUCUCUCUCUGCUCACAGCUGACCUGUACAGCCUCUUCUGUGGCCUCUUCCUCUUCCACUACAAGUUCUCGGGCCUCUAUCUGUUGUCGUUCUUCAUCAUUAUCUUGGGCCUGGUCCUUUACUCUUCCUCAUCUACCUAUGUGGCCCAGGACCCGCGAGUCUACAAGCAGUUUAGGAACGCAGGCAGCCGGCCGGCCACCGACCAGCCCCCGCUCAGUCCUGGAAUCCUGGAACCCUCCGUCACCUACACCAGCCUGGGCCCUGAGGCGGGGGACGAGCUUCCUGUACGUGUAGCCUAAGGUGAUGUGGGAGGGAGUUUAGUCUGUCAGCCUGGUGGAUCAGUGAGUCAGCUGCACUCCAGCUGUACGCAGAGAAAUGGUGCUGGCUGUACCCAGUCUGCUGAGCAGGGCAGCUGGGUGAUCACCCAGGUAGGUCCAGGUUUUCAUUUUAUGGCCUGUGUUGAGGGACGGACUCUCCACCCGCUCAGUGACCGAGUUAACACAAAUUCAUGUACCUGAAAGAUGAAUGGCCAGAAUGUAAUUAAAACAAACAGCACAGCGAGUGAAAGUGUUGCGUCCACUGUGAUCAAAGACAGUAGUGAGUGAAAAGCAGCAUUCUUGUUCUACAUGGAAGUGUCAUUGUAUUUCAUCUCCUGUUUUCCUUUUAAAGCUGUCAAGAAUGUUUGUGCUUUCCACCUGCAUAUGUGCUACAGCUGCCUUCAUUUCCUAUUAUCCUGAAAGCUGCAGUUUUCCACAUGCUUAGUGGGAGAAGUCUCCCCACCGUUCACUGAAUUCAUUCCCCAACAAGCAUCACACAAACCUACGCUGGUUCGGAAAUAUUGCGUCAGGUUGAAGCUACCGAAGGUUUGUCCUCUGUGUUUUUUCACAUGGUGGAUCUUUUCUAGGCUGGUACAAAUCUAUUUCGAUUUAAUAUAUUUACGUUUGACUACCCUCCAGAGUGGGGAAGGCUUUAAGACAGCAUUUAGACCUUCAUCUCGAAGAAGAGUUUACUUACAGUAAAUGAACUGAUGAAACAUCGAAAUGAUAAAAUUAGAGACUUUAUUUUUGGUGCGUGGUUGGGGGGGGGUUACUUGGACUCAUGACUUUGGCAUUCAUGUUCGGAUUACUCUUACUCCCUGUAUUCCUCCCCUAAUUAAAAAUCACCACAUCUUCAGAUCUUUCAGAAUGCUGCAGCUGGGAUUUUAGCUGGUGCCCAACAUGUACCUCCACAUGUACCUCCAUUUUACUCCUAUUGGCCACCAGGCAGAUCAGUCCAGUGGCUUACUAUAACAGAGACCCGGCCAGGGCGAUAAAAAGGUUAGAUAUACAGGCUUUUAGUCCCUAGUAUAGGUCAAACACUGGAUCCUACACUUCCCACAGUGCAACUUGCUAAUGUCCAUCACAGAGUUGUGGAGUGAGAGAAGCCAUUUUGUUCCCAUUCACUUUUCCCCAUAGACUCACUGCAUUAGAAAGUAUCUGGUUCUUUGAUAAAAAGUUUCAGGUACAAGCUUCACAAAAUAAUUCGAGGUAGACGUUAAACUACAACAUUUCCCCAAGAAACAUUGAGUCACAGAGCUUAAACCGCGUGAUGUCCUGUGUGAUGUCUGCGAGCGCCGGGCGGAAGCUAAAGAUGACGACGCUGAGAAAACUGAAGACGAUCUGCACUUCGGUCACUUCCCUCUGAAAGUCUGGUUCAACUGUGGGUGAAUUCCACAACUAUGGCGCCGUGUUUUGUUGUCAACUGUAACAACAAAGUUUUUUUGAAUUCGUUACCGCUCUGAGUCGCACCUCUGACUGCCUCUUCUCCAUGCCAACAAUGGCCAGGGCUCAUGGGUAUUGUAGUAUUUAGACCCAUUUGCCACACUAAAAAUGACAAACCAAGUUGGAAUAAUUCAAACUGGGGGCCAUUACAUAAGCCUCUAGGCUUGUUCCGUUAUCCGGGAGAGUCCCGUGUUUGUGCUGAGUAACAUUAAGGAUAUCGUUUCAAGAAAAAAUGAAAAUGGAAUACAGAAUGGGGAAAACACUUCCAAAACCAGCAGCCCCUCUCGCUUUGCAACUCUAUUCGACUCUCCCUGCCUGUUAAACAGCCAAGGCUUCCAGACUGUGUGAUGCAGGCUCUCUGUUGGUCUCCCAUCACACGCUGAAAUAACCCUGAUGACAUCACUGUGAUGUUAUUUUCGCAGACUUGACGAAGCUCAAGUCAAAGUGUUUUCGGAGGCUGCGUGGAGCUAAUCGUGACCAUUGGUCUACUGUUUUACACUGAGAGAGAAACGCAGCACUGCUGUAUUGUUGGUUCUGCUAUAAUGGAAUGCAGUGAGUGGUCAGGAAGUCACAGAAUGGAGGUUCAAUGUGUUUGCCAGCUGAAAAGGAAGAAAGAAGAGAUUUCUUCAUUUUCGGAUUGUUUUGCCAUUUCACUGUAGACAGCCAACACAAUCUGAAAGCACUGCUGUGAACAGAACCAUGUUUCUAUGUCCGGCGUAUUUUCAGCUGUAUUAACACCAGUGUGGCCCUGGCCUUAAGGUCUGUUUUCAUGAGACAGUGCUGAGAUGCCUUACCUGAUGGUUUGGACAGAGACGUAGGCAGAGCAGGUGCAGUUCAGUGAUUUAAUUACAGAAAAGACUUACAAGGAGUACCAGGCAGGCAGUGACCAAUACCAUGGACCAACCCAAACCAAGGCAAACACAUCCGAGUGAGCAGGCAGAAAACCCCAAAGUCCAUAACAGAACACAGAAACAUCCAGCAGAUACAGGAAACACUGAAGAAGGGCUGGGUUCGGCUUGACACAACUGACAAAGAACAGGAAGAACACAGACUCGAACUCAGGUGAAGGGAGAAAACGAGACACAGGUGAAACUAAUCAAAACUGGCGGGAAAAGACAGACAGUAAAACUACAGAAGACACACGAGGCAGAACGCUCACAAAAUGAAACAGGAAAUAACACUACUAAACCCCAACCCACAACAUUAGCGCCCAAAUCCAACUGAGCACGUGGGUCAAACCUCGGCUGCUUCUUACUGCUCAGUGUGCACACCGGCGCUGAGAAGACCACUGUGUCGUGUGCUCGAGGCGUUAGCAUUAUUGGGCUUAAUGUAUUGUUUCUUCUUUCCUGACUAUUUUAGUCCUAAUUCUGUUGAAACGUAAUGUUGCGAGCAAUAUCUUUUUCUGUUGCACUUUGACUUACAGGAGCGACGUCACGGGGUUGACUGGGCUGAAGAUAAAGCUGCAUAGUUGGUUCACUUUAUGCCUGUAUGGAAUUUCCUGCCUGGAUUAUUUACAAAGGACUUCCAUUAUUCUCGUCUUUUCAUUGGCUUUUGUAUCCUGUUUGAUGUAGUGCUUUGGAGUUGCUGUCAACAAUGAUGUUACUUAUAGUAAAAUAAAGCAUCUUUGUCAGAA